AUGGAGUCAUUGGGUCCCCUCCCCUCCUUUCUGAUGCAGAUUCUCCCAAUUUGUUUCCCAUUUUCCUUCUUUUCCCUUUGCCUUCUACUUCUUCUGUCUCCAUCCUCUUCCCUCUAUCAGGGUUUGUAUUUUGAAAAUAAAACAAGGUUGGGGUCAACUCCUCCAAGCUGCCACAACAAAUGCAAUGGAUGCCACCCUUGCAUGGCAGUCCAAGUACCUUCACCAUCACUUAGCCAGGCCCAGGACCAGUUUCAAGGAGCUGGUAAUUCGGGCGAAGCAAUGGCUAACUCCAUGGAGCUUUUUGAACCAUCAUCAGCCAAUCAAUACAACAAUUACAAGCCUCUUGGUUGGAAAUGCCGCUGUGAUGAUCACUUUUACAACCCUUGA